CAGCAACGGGCGACACGGUGUGUAUUAUUGUUGAAUACAAUUUUCCCCUUUUUCCCGCUCUUCCUGCCAUAGGUAGGUACGUGAUUGCGUUCAAAUUCAACAUUUACCCACACAGCGAUACGAAAAUAACAAUGCAGAGAGGUGGAAAAAGUGAACUUCUAACUUCAGCGGGUCGCCAACUUUGAUCAUCGGAUGGAUCUGCUGCCAUCAUGUUUAACUUCGGCCAGUCAAUUCAGUGCAGAAGAGGUCGUCGCGAGAAGCGGUUUGCUAGAUUGGAUCUGAAUUCAACGGAGUAGGUUGUGAACAAUUUUCCGAUUUUGGCAAUUUAAUAAGUUAUUAAAGUUGUGCAAUUUCGUGACCUUUGCGAAAGGAAAUGUUCGUUUUGGAAUUUUGUGUUUCGAUCAUGGUGAAUGCAGCAGUUUUCACGUUUGAUGGCUGACGAUGUGUUCAGCAGACCGGAAACAGCGUGUGCAUCUAGAUAAGGGGAACGUGUUUGAGCGAAACAUUUCCGCCGUGGUUGUUAAAGAAAAAUAAGAGUGUUGUAUAUUUUAAAUCCAAAUAUACCGAAAGUUUCAUACUGCCUGGAAACAUUUAACAAUUUUAUAGUGAUUGUAACUAGAAGCAGAGUUGUGCUUACAGCCCCCUAAAACUCAAUUUUCACACGGAAAGCUUCAUUAGUGACGGUUUACUGAGCAUCCAAACAUCUCUUCCUCGAAAGCCGAAUGGUUUUAGUAAACAAUAAAAUUAAACCAGAACGUGAAUAGCAACCGUGAAACCGUGCCGGCAGCGAUUGCCAAUUUUUAUGCUGAACUGAAAACGGUUACGAUUCGUCAUCAAGAACGCCACAAAACCCAUCGACGCGAUUCUCCGCCUAUUGUACCAGGCCGGCCGAAUGCGUCAUGACAACGAGGAAAUAGCGUUCUAGAAUUAAAUUUAUUCAAAAUACACACAGGACCGCGAAAUCCAAGUUCAACUAUGUCGAGCCUGAUCGAGUUCCAUGCGCCGUUGAUCUGCACUAGCUUUUAGCUCUGAACCAUGACAGCGAUCGCUUCGCUACUCCGGAUCUUGAGCUGUGGGCUGUUGGUUGUGAGUUUAGUAAGCGAAACCGCCCGGGCUCAGACUCAGGAUGCCACCAUCAUACUCAACCAGGGGACGAUCGUUGGGCUCAAAGUAUUUCCUGAGACGUCACGCAUCCCAAUAUUUACCUACCUAGGCAUACCCUAUGCAAAACCUCCGCUGGCCGAGCUUCGUUUCGCGCCACCUGUCCCCAAUCCGGGAUGGAAUCGAACUUUGUACGCACGCGAUUUUCAACCUAUUUGCCCUCAGUUGGAAAACAAUAGCUACGACGAGGUGGAUCCCCAAAGAACCUACAAGUUUCGAGAGACUAGUGAAGAUUGUUUGUAUUUGAACAUAUGGAUGCCCGAAUCGGCCGUUCGAUAUGGCGGAUUUCCAGUGCUGGUGAUGAUCACUGGCGAAGAAAUGGCCUUCGACUGGUCCAUUAACCGUGCUACGGGAUUGGAUCUAGCAUCGGAUGGAGUCAUCGUCGUUACCGUUCAGUACCGGUCGAACGUAUUCGGUUGGUUAUCUCUGGGCAAAAAGUAUGCACCCGGGAACCUCGGGCUACUAGAUCAACGGUUGGCCCUGAUUUGGGUACGGGAUAACAUUCAGAAGUUUGGAGGUGACACCAAUAGAAUCACGUUGUUAGGACAUGGAACGACGGCAGGUCCCAAUGUGAUGACUCACCUUGUUAGUCCGAAAGCGCGAGGUCUUUUCUCGAAAGCAAUUGUCAUGUCCGGUACCAUUUUCUCACCCUACUCCCGAGUCAACGUAGAUCGUAGCCUUUCGGAGGUGAUAGUGAAAAUUUUAGCCUGCAAUUACGAUGUGGGGCGCAAUGUGCUCAAGUGUUUGCAGCAGAAAAGUGUACACGAUUUGCUUAAGGCGUACGAGUACGUUUACAAAAAUGGGAACUACACGAUCAAUUUGGGACCCAUCGUGGAUGAUUAUCUGGAUCCGGCAGACCGGUAUGUUCCUGACGAUCCGAGAGUUCUGUUCGCGUCAAAAUCCUUCAUCAUUGAAGAUAUGCCGAUUAUGUUCGGAAUCACCAGCAACGAAGGAGCGUUCAUGUUGAACAAAUGGUUGGACUUUGCCAAACAAGGGCAGGACUACUUGAGGAGAUAUGUCAAUGAUUCACUGAUCCCGAAUAUUAUGGAGCAAUAUGAAUUUGGUGGUGUUGGGCAGCAUCAGAUACAGGAAACCAUAAACUGGCGUUUCUUCGACCAGAUCACCGAAUCAACCGCUAACCUGCUUCAUUCUAUUAUUAAACUAACCACAGAAACCAGAUAUGAGAUCCCUUUCUAUAAAACCCUUGAGGUUCUCGGCAUAACCGACACUCCGCCUGAGAUAUCAACACCAGAUAGGGCUCAAGAAACUCCGCAAGCCCUUCGAAGGGGUGGAAACCUUUACGUUUAUCUCUUUCACCACUCCAACUCAAUGGACAUGAGAGGCAGGAUCAACUACUUCGGUGGAGCAUCGCACUCGUCGGAUUUACCUUUCCUGAUGGGACCAAGUCUAUUCCAGGAAAUUGCCAGAAAAAGACUGUCCCAAUCGGAGGAUAAACUCUGCAAGAAGAUUCGGUCGUUGUUCAACGAGUUCAUCAAAGUUGGUGAUCCCACACCAGGUCGAAAGGUUGAUGCCUGGGUGCCGUACAGCCAACAUUUGCGGUACAUCAAACUUAUCUCCACGCGAGCUGACAGUAUUUUCCAGAACGACAAACACAGCCUGGAGAGUACCUUCCAAGAUAAUCUGAAAACCAUCGAAGAUCAGUUGCUUAAUGCCAACAAUGACGAAGCGUCAAACCGAGGAGAAGCAAACCAAGAAAACCCAUAUCUUCUAGGACACAACAACUUGGAUGAUCAGGAAGGAUCUCGAUCGUCCAAGAGUGCCAUCUUCCUAGACAACACCAAAGAUUCGGAAUACUUCCACUAUCUACGUCGAAUCGACAGUUUCUGGUUUCGGUUUCUUCCGAAACUCUGUCAAAUUAUGAAUUACACAGAUCAGGAGCGACUGCGCAAUCGAAGAAUGGACCUCAGUUUCGAAGAAGAACAGGAGCUAGUGCGAGAAUCCUCGGAAGCUUCUCGUUACCGCCACGCCUUUUUCUCGAUGCUAACACUGGUUUGUAUGCUGCUGGCAGUACUGUGCAUUUGUGUGUACAUUCUGAAGAAAAACAGCAACAAGAGUUUGACUAGUUUCUUAUGACAUAAGUUUAUCUUCCGGUCGAAGCUGUUUGACCGGAAGACCAGUGGCAAAAAGGCAGAAGUGAGUGGCAAUGCUGCGGAUGUUGACGAUCGAUUCAACAUAACCGGAAUAAGCCACCGGCUCAAGACGGACCACGUGGUGCGUAGUAAUCCGCUGUACGGAGAUAAUUACAAACGGUUCGUCACCGGUGCUGGAAGUGACGUCACGGUCAGUGUCGGUGCCAGUGCUAGCAAUAGAAGUGUCAUUGGGGGUAUUAGGGGUAGCUCGGCUGGUGACGGAGCGGCCCGUCAAGGAAGGAACGAGUUUGGCGAAAAUGUCAAUGCAAUACUAACCGAUCUGGACGACGAGCUGGAGGUCAGAACUUGGCGGCGGUAUCAGCUUUCGAAUGAUCAUUUUUAGCAGGGGGAACACGGCGCGAUUUGAUUUGAAUUCACGCAGUAGGGUUCUAAUUUAAGGAUAUUUGAGUGAAAUAGCUUAAGAUCAAGAUUAAUAAAGUUUAUUUGAAACAGUAGAAGAA